CUUUCUCGUCUUCGUGCUGUGCUGCGUUUUCUAGGGUUUUGGAUUCACCUCUUGCUUGCGCAGCUCAGCUCUCUGCGAUCUCGCGAAAGCAGCGAAGAAAUCAUGGGACAUUCGAACGUGUGGAAUUCUCACCCCAAGAACUACGGCCCUGGCUCCCGCACCUGUCGUGUGUGCGGGAAUCCCCAUGGGCUGAUUCGGAAGUAUGGCCUCAUGUGUUGCAGACAGUGCUUCCGUAGCAACGCCAAGGAAAUUGGCUUCAUUAAGUACCGUUAAAAGGUUGUAAUCAUCAGUGCCGCAAAGCACUUUUUUUUGGGCUCCAGUUGCCGCCAUUGUUCUCUGUGAUGCCAACCAAAGUAGUAGUUUUAAGUUUCAAGGAACUUAUGAUUUUCUGUUUCAGUUUAUCCAAUGUUUAACUUGAGUUGAUUGUGGGUUAAUGAAUAUUUUGAAUUACAUUAUCGAAGCUAAAUUAAAAUUCAUCUAGUACUUGCUAUUACUAAA